AUGGCGGAUCUCCGCCACAAAACAGAUGGCCCAUCGCCGCUUUCCGCAGAAGGCUAUGAUGAAUCCCUUCUCCCCGAUUUCCACCGUGAAUUCAUUUCCGAAGAACACCUCCAAGCAUUCUCUAACGCGCUGAGCGCACCGGAUCCAAGUCCUAGUUCUGAUGAUUUGUCAAUAUAUUCGCAGGCUCAAAGCCCGAGAGAGCCAUCUACGCCACAUCGCAGCAGCAUGGAUGUGCGAAGAAACAGUAAAGUCGCAAUUGGAAGCGGAUCAAACACACCGGGGGAUAGGGGAAGCCUGUUCAUUACCGCGCAGAAUGACUGGGCUCCAGUUAACCCUACGAGGCUGGGAGCGAGAGGCAAAAGGAAAGGGGAGAGGCGGAAGGCAGGCAAAAAACCAAGGAGAAGUAAAGAUGAGACGAGAGAAGGGUAUUUGUACUCGAUUCUGAAAUGGCCAUUGCUAGGAGUGGUUUUCAUGUGGAUUGGGGGAUUGGGAUUAUCAUAUAUGGUGACGCGAUUGUACAUUUGGACAUAUGAGCAUUUUAUUGCGUGGAGGGGAAAGCGGAAUCGACUGCGAGAACAACUACAUAGUACCACAAAUUACGGAGAUUGGGUCAAAGAAGCACAAUCAUUGGACACAUAUCUCGGAAACGAUAAGUGGAAGGGUGAGGACGAAUACGCAUAUUAUGAUUCCAAGACAGUACGAAGAGUCCUGGAACAGAUUCGAAGAUGCAGACGGAAAAUUGAACAAGAGGAUCGAACAGAAAGCUCAUCUAAUGGAAGUAAUACAACAAAGGCAAAAGCAGUUGAAGAUUUGAAGGCAUUAAUCGAGGCAUGCGUGAAGAACAACUUUGUGGGGGUUGAAAAUUCGAGAUUAUACUCUCAAACUUAUUAUGGAACGAAGGAUCUGGUACAGGAGUUUAUCGACGAAGUUGAGAAAGGCAUUUCAAUUCUGGCCAAGUCGGAUGAACUUCAAGAUGAAGAAAAGCGCACACUUUUCAAACGAAUGCACACAAAUUACGGUCGUACAGCACUCUGCCUAUCUGGUGGCGCAUCUUUUGCAUAUUAUCAUUUCGGAGUUAUAAAGGCAUUGUUAGAUGCAAAUCUCUUGCCAGAAGUGAUCACAGGAACUUCAGGAGGUGCUUUAGUAGCUGCUUUGGUCGCUACAAGAACAAACGAUGAAUUGAAGGCAUUACUUGUACCUGCUCUGGCCGGCCGAAUCAACGCCUGCUCAGAACCGUUCACUACUUGGAUACCUAGAUGGUGGAAAUCAGGAGCUAGAUUCGAUUCUGUAGAAUGGGCUCGACGAUGCAGUUGGUUCACAAGAGGUAGCAUGACUUUCCGCGAAGCAUAUGAACGAACCGGCCGAAUUCUCAAUGUUUCAUGUGUUCCUGCUGAUCCUCAUAGUCCUACUAUUCUGACCAACUAUCUCACGAGCCCUGACUGUGUCAUUUGGUCGGCGGUUUUAGCAUCAGCAGCUGUUCCCGGCAUUUUAAAUCCUGUGGUUCUUAUGAUGAAACAACGCGAUGGCAGUCUUGCACCUUAUUCCUUUGGUCACAAAUGGAAGGAUGGAAGUUUACGAACUGAUAUUCCACUUAAAGCACUGAACCUACAUUUCAAUGUAAACUUCAGCAUUGUUUCCCAAGUCAAUCCUCACAUUAACCUCUUUUUCUUCUCCUCGCGAGGUUCUGUCGGACAACCAGUCACUCAUCGACGUGGUAGAGGUUGGAGAGGUGGAUUCCUUGGGAGUGCUACUGAACAAUAUCUCAAACUUGAUCUCAAAAAAUGGUUGAAAGUAGUCCGUCACCUUGAGUUAUUACCUCGUCCUUUGGGUCAAGAUUGGAGUGAAAUCUGGCUUCAGCAAUUCUCAGGAACUAUUACUAUCUGGCCAAGAUCCGUCAUCUCAGAUUUUUGGCGCAUUUUAAGUGAUCCAAACCCAAAGCAAUUGGGAAGAAUGCUUCAUGUUGGCCAACAAAGUGCAUUUCCAAAACUAAUGUUCGUUGCCAAUCGACUGAAAGUCGAAAGAAUCAUCGAGUCAGGAAGAAGAGCAACUCGACAAGGUGUGAGGAGAGGUAGCAUCGAGAGUAUCUUAAGCGAAGACGAUAUUAAAGGUUUACUUCUGGGGAGUGGUACAGGCAGCGAUGCUGAGGGUGAGACCGCUACAGAAUAUGAGUUGACAGAUGGCGCGGUGACAUCUGAAGAUGAAUCUGACGGACUCAACUUGAAGAUAAGUGAGAAGGAAGCCUUGAUCAGUGGGGAAAAGGAAGAGUAA